CCAACCCCGAGCCUACGCACCCCGUAAGCUCACCCCUUUUGCAUCCGUCGACCACGUAGUCGCACAACCCCCACCUUCUACAACCCCCAACAACUACUACAAGCCAGAUGAGUGCCGUCGACGUCAUCGCCCACGAGUCCCUCCCCCAGGACUCCACCUUCCACCUCGACGCGGGCAUCGAGGACCCCGAGGAGUACAUGGUGGUCCACGAGCUCCUCGGCCGCGGCCAGCUCCUCAACGCCUACGAGGCGAAGAUGACCCACCAGCACGGCGUCGAGUUCGGCCACGGUAUCCUCAACAAGGGAAAGGCGCAGAAGCGCGAGAAGAGGCCGCCGACCCAGAUCGAGAUCUUGGCGGCCCAGGAGAGGGAGAAACAGGAGAAGAAGGCGGCGCGCAAGGCGGCCAAGGAGGCCAAGAAGGAGGAGCGCCUCGCUCGCGAGGAGUUCGCCCUCACCGGCGGCAACAAGAAGAUGACGAAGAAGGAACGCAAGAGGCUCGAGUUGGAUGAGUAGAUGUGCCCGACGCGUCUCACCCAAGACGCGCCGCGACUCGUUGAUUGGGUCGCGGCGGGCCAUCACCCUCACGCCAAGAUUGACUUCUCACGUUACCCGGCUUCGUCGGCUUCGACACGGUGUAGACCACGGUAGACUUAGUGUAGAACCAGCGACUGAUGAUUUUUUGUACCACCAACCUAGGUGUAGAACGGUGUAGCGAUAGGAAACGAUGUAACGAACCGUUUGAUCGACGG